CCUUGCCAGAGAGUGCGCAGCGCGGCUGCGUCUGACCGUGAGACGCAGACGCGGUGCUUGUGCGCUCGACUCCUGUCGUCUGGGUCCUGCCAUGCCUCGCGGAAGCCGCAGCGCGGCCGCCCGGCCGGCCAGCCGCCCGGCCGCAACUUCUGCCUACCCUCCCGCGCACCCACCGCCCUCAGCGGCCACCCCGGCUCCCGCUCCUUCGGGCCAGCCGGGCCUCAUGGCGCAGAUGGCUUCCACCGCCGCUGGGGUGGCCGUGGGCUCGGCUGUGGGGCAUGUCAUGGGCAGCGCCCUGACCGGAGCCUUCAGUGGGGGAAGCUCAGAGCCUGCCCAGCCUGCUGCCCAACAGGCGCCUGUCCGUGCUGCCCCCCAGCCCCUACAGAUGGGGCCCUGCUCCUACGAGAUCAAGCAGUUCCUGGACUGCUCCACCACUCAGAGUGACCUGUCCCUGUGUGAAGGCUUCAGUGAGGCCCUGAAGCAGUGCAAGUACAACCACGGUCUGAGCUCUCUGCCCUGAGGAGGCUGCUGUGGACUCAUGCGUCAGCUCUGACAUGGAUCCCAGACCACAGCCCUGAACCCACCCCAUUCCCUCACCGACAGCCGGACCAUGACGACAGAUUGUACCUGGGAUUGGGAGUAAGGAUGGGGUUUCUUACCCCACAGGAUAACCCAAGACGCAAACGUAUAAUUAAAGUGUUUAUUUUAGAACACA